GUCUGAAGGGGACAACCGGAUUUGGAUAUGGAGCUGGGCUAAUGAUGAUCAUGGCGGCCUGAGGAGCUAGGCGAGCAAUGUUUCUUUCGUUGUUGUGGGAUUCUGUUGCCUUUAAUAGGGAGGCCGAGCAGGACAUGUGGCCGAUUCAUGGAACACAAAUGCCGCUCUUCUCAUCUUAUCGCCUUUCGUCGUCCUCGUCCCAGGCCAAGGCCUGCGUCGUGUAUGGUCCGUGCACCCACCAGCUCGUUGCUCCGAAUUCUGUCUGAUCUUUCAUCACGGACGGACGUCGGAUGGGAGCUCGCCUCGUGCCAUGUCUUCGGGAUGCGCGAGAGCUUGUUAUCCACUCUAGUUCUGUCCUCUUCUUGUCCUCGGGUCGUUCGUCGUAGCCGAGGCGGAGUGGAGAGGACUUCAGUCGAGAAGUGUGCACAUUUGGAGUCUGGUUCAGCACAGGAUUACUUUGAUUCGUCGAAGAUCGAACGAAAGCUUGGGUUAUAGCGAGGGUGUUGGCUGCAAGCGGGCAUGGCGGUUUGUGCUGGGGCAUUGUGCCCCGCUUUAGUUUCUGAUGUUCGAGCUGGAACAGCUAGCGCUGCCGCAGCAGGAAUGCGGGCGGAUUUGACGAGUGCGUCGUGCAGUUCUGAUCUCUCCUCGUCGUCCGCCUUCCUCCCCCGCAGGUUUUGUUGGCAGCUGUUCGCCGGAACGAGUGGGCGAAGAAGAGCGCGUAGCAGAAAGAAUGGACCGUUUGCUUUUCAAUCGAGGGCGUCGAUGGGUUCUGGAGUUGCGCAGAGACCAUACACUGCUCUGAUGAUCGUUCCCACAGGAACUGGAGCCAGCAUUGGAGGAUUUGCAGGCGAUGCUCUACCAGUUGCGCGUGCCAUGGCUUCUGUGGCCGAUUGUGUUAUCACGCAUCCGAAUGUGCUUAAUGGCGCUAUGCUCUACUGGCCUAUACCCAACGCACUAUAUGUGGAAGGCUAUGCUCUUGACCAAUUUGCAGAAGGAGCUUGGGGUCUCCAACCUGUGCACCAAAAUCGAAUAGGUCUGGUUCUCGACGUUGGGAUUGAAGAGGAAUUGAGGUUGCGACACCUGCAAGUUGCUGACGCCACAUGCGCAACUUUGGGUCUACCCAUUCUAGAGUACACCAUCACAGAUACGCCUCUUCAGGUUGAGAAAUGGUUGGACGAAGAGUCGGGCGCUUCUACAGGUCGGCUCGGUCGGCCAGAUUCUUUGAUGAGAGCCGUUCGACAUCUGGUGGAAAAUUGUGGGGUCGAUGCCGUGGCAGUGGUCGCCCGUUUCCCGGACGAUAGCUGCGAAGAAUUGGUGGACUAUCGCCAAGGACAGGGAGUUGAUGUGUUAGCCGGAGUCGAAGCGAUCAUAAGUCAUAUGGUCGUCAAAGAAUUUAGAAUUCCGUGUGCUCAUGCACCUGCGUUGGCUCCUUUGCCCUUCGAUCACACGAUAUCUCCCCGAUCUGCUGCUGAAGAGAUUGGUUUCACUUUCUUGCCCUGUGUACUGGCCGGUUUGAGUCGUGCACCUCAGUAUGUAACGAAAGUGGAACACCUUACACAAUCAAGGAAUGGCACGUUAUGGACAGCAGAUGUUGACAGUGUCGUCGUUCCUGUGAACGCCUGCGGUGGUGAUGGCACUCUUGCAUUUGCACGAAAAGUAGGACGAAAGCCAUUGAUUAUUGCAGUUGAGGAGAAUGAAACCGUCUUGAAUGAUACCCCUGAAUCUCUUGGAAUAGAAGCGGUGAGGGUGGCAAAUUACUGGGAAGCUCUGGGAGUGAUGGCAGCACACAAAGCUGGUGUUCAUCCGAAAUCGUUGAGACGGGAUGGAGUUGUUCAUCUGAGGAGAUCCUACGACUUCACGAAGACGCCUUUAGAAAGUUCUGUGUCAUAUGACGAAAGUUUGUUGGUUCCGGUUGGAGUUCAAAGUUAAUACAAGAUUUUGCGUAUAAGUUGUGGUCUGACUCUCCCUUCUUGAUGAGGUUUCCAACAUGUCUAUAAUUUCCAAGUAUAUUCUAAAGCACUUCUUAGUGGUCUAAG